AUGCAAGAGCCCAACCAGUCCUUUGUUGCUGAAUUCAUCCUUCUGGGAUUCUCCCUUGGCCCCAGGACCACUCCUCUGCUCUUCUCGGCCUUUCUGAUGAUCUACCUGUUGAUUAUUCUGGGCAAUGGCUUGAUUGCCAUCCUCAUCUGUCUGGAUUCGCACCUUCACAGUCCCAUGUAUUUCUUUAUUGGCAUCUUGUCCAUGUUGGACCUUGGCUACACGACCACAACUGUGCCCCAGAUGUUGGCACAUCUGGCCAGUGAGAAGAAGACAAUCCCUUUCACUAGCUGUGUGGCCCAAAUGUACAUUUUCUUGGUGCUAGGCAUCACUGAGUCCUGGCUCUUUGCCAUCAUGUCUGUAGACAGGUAUGUGGCCAUCUGCCACCCACUCAGGUACAAGGUCAUCAUGAGCUCGUGGCUCUGUGGGGUGAUGGUCAUUUUUUGUGGACUCUGGGGUGUCACCUCUGCCCUUGUCUACACCAUGUUUGCCAUGCAACUGCCCUACUGUGGCCCCAACAGAAUCAACCACUUCUUCUGUGAAGUCCCUGCAGUCUUAAAGCUAGCUUGUGCGGACACCUCAGUCAAUGACCGAGUAGAUUUCAUUCUUGGUUUCAGUGUCAUCCUGAUCCCACUGUCCCUCAUUCUUAUAGUUUAUGUCAACAUUUUCAUUGCCAUCUUAAAGAUCCAUUCAGCACAGGGGCGGCUAAAGGCGUUCUCCACCUGUGCCUCCCAUAUCACUGUGGUCACCAUGUUCUCUGUGCCAGCCAUGGUCAUGUACAUGAAGCCUAGCUCUAAGGCCUCCCCAGAAGAGGACAAGAAGCUGGCUCUGUUCUACAAUGUCAUCUCUGCCUUCCUCAACCCCAUCAUCUACAGCCUCCGGAACAAGGACGUGAAGAGGGCUUUCCUCAAGGUGACAGGCUGGGGCAGGGCCCCAGAAUGAGUCCCUGGAAUGAUAGCUGGGGGUCGGAGAAACAAGAUUCAUGAUGCAUAGUCACUGUCCCAAACACUCACCACAUGACCAGCAGCACCAGUGGAAACUCUCGCUCAGCUCCCAAUCUCAACUCCACACAGGUCCGUGGGAGACAGCUCACUCUCUGGCAGACCAGACCCUGUAAUGUCUUCCAGGUACACCAGGCACAGUGCUAAGGCACUUUAUAUGUAUUAUUUCGAUUCAUCAUCAUGACAAUCCUUUGGAAUAAGUACUAUUAUUAUCACUGGUUUCUAGAAGAGGAUGUAGGCACACAAAACUUAGAUAACAUGCCCUUCGGGUACAUAGUAUGUGUAUAUUUAAAUAAAAAAAUAAAAGAUAACUUGCCCAAUGUCA